CGCCGCAGCCAUGGAGGGAGGCGGCGGUAGCGGCGGCGGAGGCUCGGGCAGCUGCGCCGGGAGGCGACGGUGAGCGGCUCCCACGCCCCUGGACCGGCCCCGGCCCCCCGGGACGGAGCGCUGAGCAGCCCCGGCUCCGGGCUACGGACUAUGGGCGAGCAGCGCUGAGCACCGGGGGAAGAGCUGAGAAUGAAGCGGAGAGCAUCAGACAGAGGAGCUGGGGAAACGUCGGCCAGGGCGAAGGCUCUAGGAAGUGGGAUUUCUGGAAAUAAUGCAAAGAGAGCUGGACCAUUCAUCCUGGGUCCCCGUCUGGGCAACUCACCAGUGCCAAGCAUCGUGCAGUGUUUGGCGAGGAAAGAUGGCACGGAUGACUUCUAUCAGCUGAAGAUCCUUACACUUGAGGAGAGGGGCGACCAAGGAAUAGAAAGCCAAGAGGAGAGGCAAGGCAAGAUGCUGUUGCACACCGAGUACUCCCUGCUCUCCCUCCUCCACACGCAGGAUGGGGUGGUUCACCACCACGGGCUCUUCCAGGACCGCACCUGUGAAAUCGUGGAGGACGCGGAAUCCGGCCGGACGGCCAAGAGAGUGAAGAAGCGCGUCUGCCUCGUCCUCGACUGCCUCUGCGCGCACGACUUCAGCGACAGGACCGCUGACCUGAUCAACCUGCAGCACUACGUCAUCAAGGAGAAGAGGCUCGGCGAGCGGGAGACCGUGCUCAUCUUCUACGACGUGGUUCGCGUGGUGGAGGCCCUGCACCAGAAAAACAUUGUGCACAGAGACCUGAAGCUUGGGAACAUGGUGCUUAAUAAGAGGACUCAUCGGAUAACCAUCACCAACUUCUGCCUCGGGAAGCAUCUCGUGAGCGAGGGGGACCUGCUGAAGGACCAGAGGGGGAGCCCCGCCUACAUCAGUCCAGACGUGCUCAGCGGCCGGCCGUACCGGGGCAAGCCGAGCGACAUGUGGGCCCUGGGCGUGGUGCUCUUCACCAUGCUGUACGGCCAGUUCCCCUUCUACGACAGCAUCCCGCAGGAGCUCUUCCGCAAGAUCAAGGCCGCCGAGUACACCAUCCCCGAGGACGGACGGGUUUCUGAGAACACCGUGUGUCUCAUCCGGAAACUGCUGGUCCUCGACCCCCAGCAGCGCCUGGCUGCUGCCGACGUCCUAGAGGCCCUCAGUGCCAUUAUUGCGUCGUGGCAGUCCCUGUCCUCUCUGAGCGGGCCUUUGCAGGUGGUUCCUGACAUCGAUGACCAAAUGAGCAAUGCAGACAGCUCCCAGGAGGCGAAGGUGACAGAGGAGUGCUCCCAGUACGAGUUUGAGAACUACAUGCGGCAGCAGCUGCUGCUGGCCGAGGAGAAGAGCUCCGUGCACGAGGCCCGCAGCUGGGGGCCCAGGCGGCAGCUGGGCAGCGCGCCGCCCGUGCGACGGCUGGGCCACGACGCGCAGCCCGUGAACCCCUUGGACGCAGCCAUCCUGGCGCAGCGCUACCUGCGGAAAUAGCAGCCUCGGGCAGGGGCACCGGCACCACCCACCACCUCUUCCCGGCCCCAGGCUGGGCCCGCUGGGCCCCGUAGUGCUGAACUCUCUCCCGGGCCGCACCGGGGACGGGGCAGGGACAGCCCAAGUCACACAUGGGGUCAGCAGAGGUACCACGAAGCUACCUUUUGGAAUGAUUGCUUGAUUGUUUGGUUUUUUAAUCUGAGAAGCCUAGAUAACUAA